AUCAUGUUUGUCACUAAAGUUUAAUUGUGAACUAGCAAAAAUGUCAACUAAUAAGAAAAGAGUAAAUCGCAAAUAUCAGUUUGAUCCAAUCGCUCAUUCUCCACUUUUUCCUGUUAUCUCUGAACAGGUUCGGCUACACGUAUUAGCUAAAAGAAAGAAAUUAUAUAAUGAAAAUGAGUGGAAACGAGCAUCUAGGCGUCUGCUCUUCGAAUCUCUGUUCGAAAUGGAAAGGAAUUUUGUCCCUCCUCAAACAUAUGACGAAAACAACACAAGAACGGUAUCUAUAAAUCGGCAAAUUGCAAUAAAAACUGAAAUGCGUUCAUCACUAGAGUCGUUGAACUGCUUAAUGGAAUGGAUGAGAUCACAGUACAAGGACGAGAAUCUAUCGCGACAUGAACGUCUUCUUGAAUUAAGGGAAGAGCAGCGCGAAGAAAAGAAUAAUGCAGAAGUUUUAAGACAUCUCAGAAAAAUCGUGUUUCUGCAAAAAUUGUCGAAAGAAUCCAAGACGGAGAUGGAACGAAGGAAGAUGUGCGCUCACGAUGCCGAAAUGGGACGUAAAAAAAUUAGUGCUGGGGAACGCGAGGAAGAAGAAACAUUAAUGUUUCCUAGCGAUCGCAAACUUGCCGCGUGCGGAUUAAUUACGCAACCAACUAAAAUAAGCACAGGACAUAACAUGUAAAGUAUUC